AUGGAGGGCAUUUUCGGCCUCCCUGUCUCUCGGAUCAAACCCUCCGCGACCUUCAUCUACAAGAUAAUUCAAAACGUUUCCAUUGGCGCGGAUGUUUUUAUUAGCUCCACCAAACCUCUCCCAAAAUCACCACGUCCGAUCAUAGUCUACAUUCAUGGUGGCGGCUGGACUGGUGGAAGUCGUGCUAAUUUCAGCCCGGCCAUGUUCACAGACUUCUUGAAACACAAAUUCACAGUUGUCUCAAUUGAUUACCGUCUACUGCCAGAAAGCGCAUUUGUCACUGGUCAGUUAGAAGAUAUUCAAGACGCAGAGAUCUGGCUACGGGAUGUGCUACCAGACGAAAUGAGGAAGCUGGGUUGGGAGGUUGACCCAGAGACGAUCAUCGUCUCUGGAACAUCAGCUGGUGGUCAUCUCGCACUCCUGACGCCAAAAAUAUGGAAAAAGCCGCCAACGGCGAUCUUGGCAAUUUCGGGAGCAACUGAUAUGCAUCGUAUUGCUCGACAUGUCAAUUUUGAUAUCCCACCCUUGACAUCUGAUGUCAUAAAAGUUGCCACGUUCGAAACUCCGCCAACAUUCACCUUACUGCAGAAGCCUAAGGAUGACACUUUUACCCCCCGCACUCUGUUUGUGUUGCAUGUUCUCAAGAAUGAUAUCAUAGCAGAGUAUCUGCUUCGAGGGACGAUGAAUGGAAAGUUGCCUGCCAAGGGUUGCGUUAGUAGACAUGAGAUUGACGAUAUUAGUCCCAUACACCUCUGCAAAACGGUGAAGUGGGUGCCAACCUAUCAGCUCAUGGCGGGAGAGGAUCCACCUUCUGUUUUGGAAUCUAGCAAGUCUUUUCAAGAUGAGAUGGACAGCCAGAGCAUUCCCUGCAAGACUAUCAUCGUACCCGGACUCCAUCAUGGCUUUGACGGGGACGCCAAGGUUGGUGGCGAUACUCACAUGAAUAUCAUUCGCCCUGCUGUCGAGUGGGUGGUGGGGAUUGCAUGCGCCUAG